ACUGCACAAUGGGGUUGGAACCUGUUGGACCACAUUCCCUGUGCUUUCCCUCCCGGUAUCCCAGCGCACGCCAGGAACACCCCAGGAUUUAGGUCUGACCCCCUCUCUUUGUGCUCUGCCGCCCCAGGGACCCCCUCUCGCGACGUCCUCCUGGUCUCAGCCAUCAUCACCGUCAGCCUUAGCGUCACCAUCGUCCUCUGCGGGAUCUGCCAGUGGUGCCAGCGGAAAAUGGGAAAGCGUUACAAGACUUCCCUGGAGACUGUGGGAACUCCGGAUUCCAGCCGUGGCCGCAGUGAAAAGAAAACCAUCAACGAUCUAGACAGAGACUUUUGGAAUAACAAUGACAACACAGUGCAGCAGAAAUGGAGCUCCUACCCUCCCAAGGAGUUUAUCCUAAACAUUUCUCCUUACGCUCCCUACGGUGAUCCGCGCCUUUCCCUCAAUGGCUCUCUGUUAUCAGGGGCCAAGCUGACGGCGUCGGCCGCCGCCGGGCUGUCCGGGGACCGCGACGGCCGGCCCGGGGACAAGCAGCGGCUCGGCGAGGAUGGAAUGAGGAGCAGCGUGUCCGCCCACAGCGAGCCCGGAGCGGGAAAGGCGGCACGGGGCCGCUGGCACACGGUGCAGAGCCACUUGGCCGCAGGGAAGCUCAGCCUGUCCAAGUUGCCGGCCGGUGGGAAGGCUGGGAACGCGGCUCCGGCACCGGGGCAGCCGCCGCACGAUGAGUCCGACCGCAAGACGGAGCCGCACUCCUCCGUCUCCGACCUGGUCAACUCCCUGACCAGCGAGAUGCUCAUGCUCUCCCCGGGCUCCGAGGAUGACGAGGGCCACGAAGGCGUCAGCCGGGAGAACCUGGGCCGCAUCCAGUUCAGCGUCGGCUACAACUUCCAGGAGUCCACCCUGACCGUGAAGAUCAUGAAGGCGCAGGAGCUGCCGGCCAAGGACUUCAGCGGCACCAGCGACCCCUUCGUCAAGAUCUACCUGCUCCCCGACAAGAAGCACAAGCUGGAGACCAAGGUCAAGAGGAAGAACCUCAACCCGCACUGGAAUGAGACCUUCCUCUUUGAAGGGUUCCCCUACGAGAAGGUGGUGCAGCGGGUGCUGUACCUCCAGGUCCUGGACUACGACCGCUUCAGCCGCAACGAUCCCAUUGGAGAGGUGUCCAUCCCGCUCAACAAGGUGGACCUGACCCAGAUGCAGACCUUCUGGAAGGACCUGAAGCCCUGCAGUGAUGGCAGUGGAAGCCGGGGGGAGCUGCUGCUGUCGCUGUGCUACAAUCCCUCGGCCAAUUCCAUCGUGGUGAACAUCAUCAAGGCGCGGAACCUCAAAGCCAUGGACAUCGGGGGCACCUCAGACCCCUACGUGAAGGUGUGGCUGAUGUACAAGGACAAGCGGGUGGAGAAGAAGAAGACGGUGGUGAUGAAGCGGUGCCUGAACCCUGUCUUCAACGAGUCCUUCGCCUUCGACAUCCCCACGGAGCGGCUGCGCGAGACCACCAUCGUCAUCACCGUCAUGGACAAGGACAGGCUGAGCCGCAAUGACGUCAUCGGCAAGAUUUACCUGUCCUGGAAGAGCGGUCCCGGCGAGGUGAAGCACUGGAAGGACAUGAUCGCCCGCCCGCGGCAGGCGGUGGCACAGUGGCACCAGCUGAAGGCCUGAGCGCCCCCGGACCGCGGGCUCGGGG